CCCGAAGCGCUGCCGCGCACCGAUCUCAUGGCGGUAAUAGAGUUCUUCCCGCCGCCGUCGCCGAUCCCGUCGGCGACGCUGCACCCCGUUGUCCGCUUCAACAUCUGUGACUGCUACGUCCGGCGCCCCGACCAGGCCGAACGCGUAAUCGGGACCCUCCUUGGCUCCGUUUCCGACGGCGUCCUUGAGAUCAAGAACUCCUACGCCGUCCUCCACAACGAGCCCGCCGACCAGGUUGCAUUAGAUGUUGAUUACCACAAUAACAUGUACAUGUCCCACCUAAAGGUGAAUCCCAAGGAAGUUACAGUUGGAUGGUUUUCAACUGGCUUUGGUGUUUCUGGUGGGAGUGCAUUGAUACAUGACUUCUAUGUAAAAGAACUUAAAGAAGCUGUUAAAUAAUUUAAAGAUACACAGAAUAUUCUUCCACCCAUUCAUCUUACAGUUGAUACUGGAUUAAGAAAUGGACAAGCUUCCAUAAAAGCUUAUAUACUUGUCAAUUUGUCUCUUGGAGAUAGGCCUCUUGCAGCGCAAUUUCAAGAAAUUCAUCUUGAUUUGAAGAUGAUUGAAGCAGAAAGAGUUGGAUCUGACAUCUUAAAGACUACUGUUACUGACAAGCUCCCCAAUGACUUGGAGGGAAUGGAAGCUUCAACAAAGAGAUUGUAUUCUCUGAUUGAUGAUAUCUACAAAUAUGUAGAUGAUGUUGUGGAGGGACGAGCGGCCCCAGAUAAUGAUAUUGGUAGAUUUCUUGCCAAUGAAUUGGCUUCCGUUCUGAAAAUUUCUGCAACUGAUUUUGACAAUGUUUUCAACAAAAUAAUUCAGGAUAAUUUUGCAUUGAUUUACCUGUCAAGCCUCAUUAGGACACAACUAAGCAUGGUAGAGAAGCUGAACAUGGCUGCUCAGAUAUUGUAACCUGUCCUCCAAUUUUGCAAAGAGGCUGCUAGUUCUUUUGUGCUGUUUCAGCUGAUAUUGACUGCUCUUGGAUUUUUUUUUCAGUGUGGUCGCCAUCGAUGGCCUUACAGUCAACAUAUGAGUUAUUAGUGAUAAUUUUGUAUUUUGUUUUCAACAUUUUCAAGAUCGGUUACCUCUCUGCCACAACUUUUGUAAUGGAUCAUUUUAAGAUUGUACCGAAUGUGCUGGUUUCAUGCCUAUCAUAACUAGCAAGCCAUGACGUUCGGCAUGUCUAUUUUUUCUGUAAUUUUCAUGUUGAAGGUAAAAUUGUUGUAGUGUUA